UCAGGUAAUGCCUCCCAAGAGGCCUCCUCCUCCUCAGGAGCGAUCCGCAGCCCGAAAAUCCAAAACAAGCACAGUAGUUACCCAGAAAUCAUCACCUUUGGGAAGGAAGAAAGAUGCCAAAAUGCAAGAUGCUGUGGAUAAAUUUGCCGAUGAAUUGAACAGAUCAUCGGAUGACGAGGACAAUAUUAUCGAAGCUGGUGAUGAACAUUUCAUUAAUGGUUCUUCUAUUGAACUUAGUGAAGUUGAAAAGGAAUUGAUCCGAGAAGAACUGAAGAAAACUGAAGAAGAAAUCAAUACAUUACGUCAAGUGCUGGUUGCACGUCAGAAGCACGCAAGUGAUUUGAAACGAAAAUUGGGCAUUUCACCGUUUACUGAGUUUACUGCCGAUAUCAAUCACUCAUUGCAGCAUGUCAAGGAAUCGCAGGCGUACCAAAAGACAUCGGAAGUGGUCGCAGGUACGGCAGACACUGUAAAGAGCAAAUGGAACGAUAUGCGUAAUUCAUCACUGUUCAAAUCAUUCGAAUCUAAACUAGGAACAGCAUAUACGAGUGCCAAAAUGGCAGCAUCCACAAGUAUCGAUCAAAUUUCGGGCAUGGCUAAAUCAUCAUCUGGAGCAUCCAGCCAAACUGAUCCUACAUCACCAUCCAAUGAAAAAGUGCAGCUGUAAUGUUCAGGAUAUCCUGGUUCUGUCGCUUAUAUUUGGGUUGGCGAAAUUCUCUCGUCCAUCAGAAACAGCAAUUCCAGUAAAAAAUAACUUUCAUAACACACAAUAUUAUCUCUCUUAGAACAAUACUUUGUAUUGUGUGCCACUUCACAACUUUCCCUUUCUUUUUCUCCUC